AUGCAUUCCGUGGCACUGCCCCAAUCAAUCUCACAGAUCGGCUUCAUCAGGAUUGCUUACCUGAAUGUUGGAAUCUACCCUUUCACUUCCAUUUUCCUCAUUGUCUACUGCUUCCUUCCUGCACUCUCACUCUUUACUGUUUUGGUUGAUCGGGGGCACAAGUGCCAUCUUGCUGCGGUGCUCCAAGGUCUUCUAAAGGUUAUAGCAGGCAUUGAGAUUUCAUUCACUUUGACAUCAAAAUCUGGAGGUGAUGACGGGGAUGAUGAUUUCGUUGAUCUUUAUGUCUUCAAAUGGACAGCUCUGAUGGUACCACCAAUUACUAUCAUGAUGACUAACUUGAUCGGAAUCGCAGUUGCAACUUGUCGAACAAUAUAUAGUUCUACACCAGAGUGGAGCAGCUUGCUUGGUGGUGUUUUCUUCAGCUUCUGGGUCUUAGCUCAUCUAUAUCCCUUUGCAAAAGGGCUUAUGGGAAGAAGAGGGAGGACACCGACGAUUGUGUUUGUGUGGUCUGGUCUUCUAGCAAUCACCAUAUCUCUCCUUUGGGUGGCUAUCGACCCGCCAUCAGGGAAUAAUCAAAUUGGGGGCUCAUUCCAGUUUCCAUGA